GAAACAAGCUUGAGUUUGAUGAGAAGUAUUUCUGUUUGGAUAAGUGAAUUAUACGCAUAAACAGUCAACGCAUGUAAGUUUGAUGUUGAUUUUCUGAAACAAUUACCAUUCGGCGAAUAAUGAGUGCUGUAAUGAACAUGGUGCCAGGAAUUGAGAAGGUCCUUGGAAAUCGUUUGAAGAAGGGAAUAAUCAGUGUGCCAAAAGGGUCGAAAGAAACAAUCUGGAAAGUACAAGAUUUUACAAACUUUCCAAAUAUUGGUGGACCUGUGGAAUAUCGAGAAGGAGCAAAAGACAACCAGCCUGAUGCGGAAAGUCUAUCGACUACAGACGACAUCAUGGACUUGGUUGAGGGACUCAAAGAAAACGAUACUUUAAUAGUAUUAAUAUCAGGUGGAGGAUCAGCUCUCCUUUGCAUGCCUAGACCACAGCUUGAAUUGAAGGAGAAGCAAGAAUUUUGUAAAAAACUACAACAAGCUGGUGCAGAUCGGAAGAGCGUGGUGUAG